AUGUUUUUACAAUCGGCAAGUGUUUCAAUUAUUGCCACAUUGACAGCGCGCAGGCUGCUGCUGGCCUGCGUCGCUGCGCUGUCGCUGUCGCUGCUACAUGUUGAGGCUCUGGACUGGCAACAGGUUAAGCCAAUGUAUUUAGUGUCCAUGUAUCCGGGCCCGUUCGGCAUGGCCUUGUCCCAGACACCAACCGCCACCUCGCUGUCCGCCGAACUGGACGCGGAAAUGAGCGCCAGCAACGACGAGAGCCGCAUUAGCGACAGCGCUGCCGACGCCGACGCCGUCGCCGCGGAGCCAGAGCCAUUGGUAUUGAACCUGGAGACGACGCCACUGCUGGACAGCAUGCUGCCGGAGGGUGCGAUGGCCAUGGAUCGCAUCUUCGGCGGCGAUGUGGGCAAUCCACAUUGUUUUCCCUAUCAGGUGGGCAUGCUCCUGCAGCGUCCCAAGGGUCUAUACUGGUGCGGUGGUUCCCUAAUCUCGGAUCAGCAUGUGCUGACAGCCGCCCAUUGCGUGGACAUGGCCAAGCGUGCUUUGGUCUUUCUGGGCGCCAAUGAGAUCAAGAACGCCAAGGAGUCGGGUCAGGUGCGUCUUAUGGUGCCCAGCAGCAAUUUUCACAUCUAUCCCACCUGGAAUCCCAAGCGUCUGAAGGAUGACAUUGCGCUGGUACGACUGCCGCACGCGGUCAGCUUCAAUGAACGCAUCCAUCCCAUACAAUUGCCCAAGCGGCACUAUGAGUACCGCAACUUCAAGAACAAGCUGGGCAUCGCCUCCGGCUGGGGCCGCUAUGCCACGGGCGUACAUGCGAUUAGCAAUGUGCUGCGCUAUGUGCAGCUCCAGAUCAUCGACGAUCGCACCUGUAAGCGCAAUUUUCCGUUGUCCUUUCGCGGCACGAACAUCUGUACGAGCGGUCGGAACGCUCGAUCCACCUGCAAUGGCGACUCUGGUGGGCCGCUGGUGCUGCAGCGGCGUCACUCCAAGAAGCGCGUCCUGGUGGGCAUCACCUCGUUCGGCAGCAUCUAUGGCUGCGAUCGUGGCUAUCCUGCGGCCUUUACCAAGGUUGCCUCGUACCUGGACUGGAUUAGCGAUGAGACGGGCGUGCACUCGCACCAGGACACCACGGAGGCCAUUUUCUUUGAUCAGUAUAUCAAGAACUACGGCAAGGAGCACCAAAAGCGCAAACUGCGAACCGACCACCAGCCGGACGAUGAUGUGCCCGACGAACUGGACGUGCACCACCCACUGUCCGACGAGGACACGUCCAAGGCUGUCAGCCGACGGCCACAUUCCAAAUCCAAACACGACUUUUAUUUCUUGUAG